AUGGCAGUGCCCCGCGAGGCCGCGCGAGUCGGGGACAAGCCCGGCCACGGUGGGGUGUAUCCAGCCCCCGCGGCGGGCCCGGACUGUCCCGCUGGCGCCGGCCCCGCACAGUCGCGGGACUCCGGCAGCCACGGCCGUUGGGGAGACCUGGUGCUGCAGCCGCUCCGGCGCUCCCGGAAACUUUCCUCAGCGCUGUGCGCGGGCUCCCUGUCCUUUCUGCUGGCCCUGCUGGUGAGGCUGGUGCGCGGGGAGAUCGGCCGCGACCUGGAGCAGAGUAAGGAGGUGGCGGUGGCGGUGGCGGCGGCGGCGGAGGAAGCGGCCCCGGGAGCAGAAGGGGGCGUCUUCCCGGGGCUUCGGGGAGGUGCUCCUGGGGGCGGCGCGCCGCUCAGCCCCUGGCUGCAGCCCUCGGCGCUGCUCUUCAGUCUUCUGUGUGCCUUCUUCUGGAUGGGCUUGUACCUCCUGCGUGCCGGGGUGCGCCUGCCUCUGGCCGUCGCACUGCUCGCCGCCUGCUGCGGGGGGGAAGCGCUCGUCCAGAUUGGGCUGGGCGUCGGGGAGGAUCACUUACUCUCGCUCCCGGCCGCGGGGGUGGUGCUCAGCUGCUUGGCCGCCGCGACAUGGCUGGUGCUGAGGCUGAGGCUGGGCGUCCUCAUGAUCGCCUUGACUAGCGCGGUCAGGACCGUGUCCCUCAUUUCCUUAGAGAGGUUCAAGGUCGCCUGGAGACCUUACCUGGCGUACUUGGCCGGCGUGCUGGGGCUCCUCCUGGCCAGGUACGUGGAGCAAAUCUUGCCGCAGUCCGCGGGGGCGGCUCCGAGGGAGCACUUCGGGUCCCAGCUAAUUGCUGGGACCAAGGAAGAUAUCCCAGUAUUUAAGAGGAGGAGGCGGUCCAGCUCCGUGGUGUCCGCGGAGAUGUCCGGCUGCAGCAGCAAGUCCCAUCGGAGGACCUCCCUGCCCUGCAUACCGAGGGAACAGCUCAUGGGGCAUUCAGAAUGGGACCACAAACGAGGGGCAAGAGGAUCACAGUCCUCAGGAACCAGUAUUACUGUGGAUAUUGCCGUGAUGGGUGAGGCUCAUGGCCUCAUUACCGACCUCCUGGCAGACCCUUCACUGCCCCCCAACGUGUGCACAUCCUUGAGGGCCGUGAGCAACCUGCUCAACACCCAGCUCACCUUCCAGGCUAUUCACAAGCCCCGCAUGAAUCCUGUUGUUUCCUUCAGUGAAAAUUACACCUGUUCUGAUUCUGAGGAAAGCUCUGAAAAAGACAAGCUGGCUAUUCCCAAGCGCCUGAGAAGGAGUUUGCCUCCUGGUUUGUUGAGACGGGUUUCAUCAACUUGGACAACCACCACCUCAGCCACAGGCCUACCCACUUUGGAGCCUGCCCCAGUACGGAGGGACCGGAGCGCUAGCAUCAAACUACAUGAAGCAUCUUCAUCAAGUGCUGUUAGUCCUGAUUCUUGGAAUAACCCAGUGAUGAUGACCCUCACCAAAAGCAGAUCCUUCACUUCAUCCUAUGCUGUUUCUGCAGCUAACCAUGUAAACUCAAAAAAGCCAAAUCGACCAGGUGCCCUAGCUAAAAUUUCACCUCUUCCAUCACCCUGUUCCUCACCCCCCCAAGGGACUCCUGCCAACAGCCCAGUCAGCAAAAUUUCUGCAGUGCGGCUUCCAGAAUCUGCCAAGACGACUGCCAGACAAGGCCUAGGUUCUCACAGGGCAUUAACUUAUACUCAGAGUGCCCCUGACCUGUCUCCUCAGAUCCUCCCUCCGCCUGUUACAUGUAGCAGGAACACUCACCACCAGUCCGCACAGCUCUGUACAGGUAGGUUUGCCAAAGAAGUUGACAGGAAAGUAUCAUACAGACUUUUUGAAGACAUGGGCCUCUUUGAAGCUUUCAAAAUUCCAGUUAGGGAAUUUAUGAAUUAUUUUCAUGCUUUGGAGAUUGGAUACAGGGAAAUUCCUUAUCAUAACAGAAUCCACGCCACUGAUGUGUUACAUGCUGUGUGGUACCUUACUACGCAACCGAUUCCGGGCCACUCAACUGUGAUUAAUGAUCACGGAUCCGCAAGUGAUUCAGAUUCUGACAGUGGAUUUACACAUGGACAUAUGGGAUAUGUCUUCUCAAAAAUGUAUAAUGUGCCUGAUGAUAAAUACGGAUGUCUAUCUGGAAAUAUCCCUGCCUUAGAGUUAAUGGCAUUGUAUGUGGCUGCAGCCAUGCAUGAUUAUGAUCACCCAGGAAGGACUAACGCUUUCCUGGUGGCAACUAGUGCUCCUCAGGCGGUGCUCUAUAAUGAUCGUUCAGUUUUGGAGAAUCAUCACGCAGCUGCUGCAUGGAAUCUUUUCAUGUCCCGGCCAGAGUACAACUUCUUAGUUAACCUUGACCAUGUGGAAUUUAAGCAUUUUCGUUUCCUUGUCAUUGAAGCAAUUUUGGCCACUGACCUGAAGAAACACUUUGAUUUCGUAGCCAAAUUUAAUGCCAAGGUGAAUGAUGAUGUUGGAAUAGAUUGGACCAAUGAAAAUGAUCGCCUACUGGUUUGCCAAAUGUGUAUAAAGUUGGCUGAUAUCAAUGGGCCAGCUAAGUGUAAAGAGCUCCAUCUUCAGUGGACAGAGGGUAUUGUCAAUGAAUUUUAUGAACAGGGUGAUGAAGAGGCCAGCCUUGGGUUACCAAUAAGCCCCUUCAUGGACCGUUCUGCUCCUCAGCUGGCCAAUCUUCAGGAAUCCUUCAUCUCUCACAUUGUGGGUCCUCUGUGCAACUCCUAUGAUUCAGCAGGACUAAUGCCAGGGAAAUGGGUGGAAGGUAGUGAUGAGUCAGGAGAUACUGAUGACCCAGAAGAAGAAGAAGAGGAGGAGGAAGCACCAAAUGAAGAGGAAACCUGUGAAAAUAAUGAAUCUCCAAGAAAGAAAACUUUCAAAAGGAGGAAAAUCUACUGCCAAAUAACUCAGCACCUCCUGCAGAACCACAAGAUGUGGAAGAAAGUCAUUGAAGAGGAACAGCGGUUGGCGGGCCUAGAGAAUCAGUCCCUGGACCCGUCCCCCCAGCAGCAUUCUUCAGAUCAGAUCCAGGCCAUCAGGGAAGAGGAGGAAGAGAAAGGGAAGCCCAGAGGAGAGGAGAUCCCAACCGCCGAGCAAAACCAGUGACAGUUGGAUACAAUGAGCUGUGUUUCCAAACAGAGUGACUUGUCACAGACUCUUUUUCAAGCCAGCACAACACUUAGACACAACACUGUAGAAAUAUGAGAAGAUGGGCAAACAGCUAUUGCAUUUUGGGAUUCUUCGCAUUUUAUGUGUUUAUUUUUACAGUGAGGUACAUUGUUAAAAACUCUUGCUCAGAGAAGCUUUCACAUUUGCAACACCAGCUUCUAAGGAUUUUUUUAAAGGAAGAAAUAUAUAUGUGUGUGUAUAUAAGCUCGCACGUAGAUACAUGUAAAACAUAUUCACACACAUACACGCACAUGCACACUGAAAGCCAGGCUUACUGGCUCCACAAUUUAGUAACAUUCAUAUUAAGAUAUAUAGUGGUCACUGUGAUAUAAUAAGUUAUAAAGGAAAAAAUAAAGGAAAACAAAUCACAAAGGCAAUGGUGCGGCUUAGCAGGGAAACAGUGCAGUGAAUGUAGGUUACCAACUAAGGAGCUUUUGCUCUUAGUCCUGACGGAUGAAAGUUCCAGAGCAUUAUUUGAAUUCUUAUACAUCCUGCCAACAUUGUGUGUGUUGUGUGUGUGUGUGUGUGAAUGUGUGUGUGUGAGAGAGAGAGAGGAGUGAAAGGGUGCUUGUGUGUACGUAUGUGUGUAUGCAGAGAUUUUUAUGGUUUUAGUAGUUCAUAGAAUAGCUGCAGCAGAUGACGCAGCACAUCUGAACAAACAGAAGGCAGUUCAUUCUGGAGUGUCUUUGAGAGGCCGCCGUCCCAAACGCCUUCCUCCAUGCAGUUUCAGUACAGAUCCCUCCGCAGAGGGAGGGUAUUCACAGGCUGGUGAGAGGGCCACGUGACUGGUACUACUGCUCAUGCACCACUUGGAGGCGCUCUAUCGCCAGCCUUAAACCUGGAAGACCGGCAUUUUCCAAUCUACUUGCCUAAUGAAUGUAUAGGAGCUGUUUGUGAGUUGUGAUCUCACCCAAGAUCAAAUCACCUUUUUAAGGGGAUAGCAUUCUUUAUACAUAAACACCUAAGAAGGAGCUGGAGGCAGAUCUUUUAAUUAGGUUAGAAUUCUCAAACGUUGACAGAGAAGACCUGGGGAAUUGCUCUAACAGUGAUACCCUGUGUCUUAGUUUGCUGCAAAAUGCGUGGUAGAAAAAGAAGAAAGAAAAAAGACAAAAAAACCCACUGUGGGAGGAUAUAUAGUGAGAGAUGAAGGGGGAAAAUUUCAACCCGGGGUUUGGUGUUUGUUGACAUAGUGAAAGACCGAUUCUUGGCAACUAUUGGAGAUUGGCUUUGCGUGGCAAAGUUCCCACUGAUGGCCCUGUUGUGGUGGUCCACGUGCUGUGGGAUGGGGUGGCUUCUAUCUGCAGUCUGGUCCGUUGUCUGUUCCUUUUGGCAGGGAAGAUUAUAGAGGGAUUUGGGGGGGACUGGGCCUAUUAUUGAAAGUCUUUUUUUUUUUUUAAUUUUGUUUAUCUACACUUGUUUAUGCUGUGAGCCAAACCUCUAUUUAAAAAGUUGAUACUCACUUUCAAUAUUUUAUUUCAUAUUAUUAUAUUUGUCAUGAAUAGUUAUCUUGAUGUAAAUAUAAGAUUUUUUUGUUUCUGUAGAUAGUAAACUCUUUUUUUAAAAAAAAGGAAAAGGGAAACAUUUUUAUAAAGUUAUAUUUUAAUCACCAUUUUUAUACAUUGUAUCUAUCUCCAAGCCCAGUAAGAGAGUGAUGAUUCAUUUGCACGGAGGUCUAUGGACAGCCGCUUAUCUACCUAUCCUAAUUUAAAUGAUAAUCUGAUACAGUUAUUUUAUGCCAAUUAAAUGAGGAUGCCACAAAGAAGGUUUUUUCACUGGGAACUUUUCCUAACUUUUGUGUAAUUUUGGGGUCCAUGUCUCCCAAAGAGAAAGACUUUCUUAACCAAUACCGAAUUUUUAUGAUUGGUGUCCAUUUCUUGCCAACACUUUUUGGUCAUAAUUCCUCUUUCAAUACUAUGUACGCAACUGCUCAUCAUUGAAAUGAUCUUAGCUUCUAAGGAGACCUUGAUGGUGAUUUCUAAUUUUUAUUUCCUCUGACAUCAUAGAAAAGAGUGUUUACAUUUUAAAGAUGCCUUUGUUUCUCAUGAAUGAAUAUUCUUCCCUCCCAAAAUAAUGAUUGUACAUUAACCCGUGGCAUUUUCCAAACAAGGCAAAGAUAAUAUGAUCAAAAACAAACACAUUUUCAAAGCAAAUUUCCCAUUAAGUAAGAAAAAAUGAAAAGGCUCAAGUAAAUGCAGGCUCUACUUAAAUAAUGAGAAUAAUUUCAUAUUUUUUGACUUCACACUAUGUCUUCAUUAUUCAGGAUGUACUGAGUUGUUUUCCAUUUUCUUAGUGUUGCCUGUGUGUCUCAUGUUUGCAAAAAUUACUGUGAGUCAGAUACAUUUAUUUCCCCAGUGACUUUAACUGUUCUCCAGCCCUUGCAAAUAAGAGAGGAGGAAAAAAAAUUUGUGCUCACAUACCUCUUGCAUUUAAUUCCUUAACAAAAUGAAUCUUUUCCCUUUCUCCAAAUGCCAUACAUAUCUAAAACACUUGUUAAGUAGAGGAAAAAUAUGGUUGUGGAGCAAGUGGAAUGACAGCCGUUCAGUUGAGAGUCUAGAAGCAUACACUGGCAGCUUCGUCAAGGUUGGAAAGCCCCAAAUAGGGGCCAGCCUGACUGCCAGAGUAGAGGUCUUAGCAAACUACCUGGUUUCAUUUAUUUUGUUUUAAAAUACAUGAAGUAAUGGUGGCCAAAGCACUUAGAACCUCUUCAUUCCAGAAUUGUGUUCAUCAGUCCAGGCAGAUUGACCAUUUUUUCUUCAAAAAUAAAUUCCCAAUCUAUUAAAGCUAAAAGUCCAUUGAAAUAAAGGAAUGGAGAUCAAGUAUGAGACUUUCAUACACACUCAUGACAUCCCAAAGGAUGCCUAGGGACAUAAAGAGAUGUGUUCCGCUGAUGAUAUUCACCCCCGCCUUGGUGACAGCAAUAUUACCGUGUUCACUUCCAACUCUGGAGCUUACUCCCUGUGGUGCCAGUGUAUUUGUUGCCAUUUACUACAUUUUUAUAUGAGCCUAUGUAAUGGUGCCAUUAGAUAAACUCAGGUCUUUCAAAUGAAGGAAUUUCUAGCCCAUUUAGGAAAAGGGGUAACUGUAUAGAUAGCCAUAAAACCAAUGGUAGGAAAAUUUGGAACUGGUGACCUUGAUGCUAGGGGUCGCUUUCUGUUAAGGAAAAGACCAGGUAUCCUGUGAGCAUCAUUGGUGUUCUUUCCAGCGUGCUCAUAGAAUGUUUUUUCAGUUAUCCGUCUAAGCCAACCUUUAGGAUAUUGUUUCCUUGGUGAAAACACCACUUUAGUUUUUUUCUAAGUGAUAAAAUUGUAUUUUUUGUCAUUUGUAUAAGACUUAGUUUUGCUCUCAGUAGAAGAUGAAGACAGUAGCUCUGGAUAGAUCUGUAUUGGUCUUCAUCUGACAAGUGAAGGGAUGUCCUCAUAUUUAAGGAAAUACUCAUUUUCUAAAAGAAUACCCAAUUCUGUGUGUUCCAUUUUGAUGGAAUUCCAGAACAAACCCUAACCAUUGCAAUCCCAGUAAAACUAAAGAAAAGGGAUUGUAGGACAUGCAGACUGUUCAUAUUACCUCUAUGUAUUGUGAUUUCCUCAUGUCCCCUGCCUCUCUUGAUUUACGAUUUCCUGACGUCCCCUGUCACGUGCCCAGAGAACUUUCUUUGAGGGUAAAAGCUGUGCAAAACGCAUGAGACUCAGGCCUAUUCUUUGUUUAAAUGGUGGAAAAAUAUAAAUUAUUUUCUAAGUAAUAAAGAUAUGAAAAUUAUCAUCGUAAAUAAAGUCUAAAGCUUGAAAUGACUGUUUUACAAAAGUGAGCUAUUUGUGUGAUGAACAACUCCUGAGUAAUGAGAAGUGAAUAAUCAAAAACUCAUUUCUAUCCUACUUUGGCAGGUAUUUUUUGGUGCUUCUCUGUCAGUAUGGGGAUCUCCACUCCUUGCCUUUUAAGAUAUUUCUAAAACAAGAAUGAAAACUCCACAGUAAGGAUCUUACUGUCCUCUCUUCCAUCCUGAUGCUGAGUCCCCACUUGAUGGCUUUCUAGCUUAUAUGCCACUUUGGAAAUAAACUGUCUUUUCAAACUGGCAGAAGGCUCUAGUAAAACAGAGUUUUGUAAACUUUUGUAGUCUGGGGUAAAUCAAGAUUCUCCUUAUUCUAGAGAUUAUCAGCUCCUGCACGUGGAAAGAAAAUAUCAAUAAAAUUUCAAAUGCUAAUAGCUCAACUCCAGACCAUUGAAAGCUAAAAUAUCUAUAUAGUUUGAAUCCAAACUGAGUUUCCUUUGUUCACCUUUUCUCCUAACAAGCAACAAAAUACCUUAUGAUCAUUGUCCUAGGUCAUUCAUUUCUCUCAUGAUUUUUCCAUGAAAGAAAACUGAAUUUGCCGAUAUUGUCAGUCUGUUUCUAAUCUGUUCAACAGAAUUCCACUUUAAGAUUAGGAAACCAAGUAGCCAUUUUAGAUGAGGAGCAUUCCAAAAUUAAAUUACUCGUAGAACUUCUAAUCAGAGCAAAUUAUGCAAGUUUUAGGUCUAUAUUCAUAUCAGGUUGUUCCUCUAGAAAAUAUUCAAAUUCUUAUAGCAAGUUUGGGAUAAAUUAACUAGACUAUAAGCACUGAGUUAAUGAAACUGCAAACAGAGCAUUGAAUAACUUAACUUGAGGUUUUGCAUGGUAUUUAUCAUGUUUAGCACUGAUGAUCGAUCCAUGGUCAGAGAACAAGAACAGGGUUUUCAGUCUCCAUGAUGCACCUUGGAUGGUAGGGCAUUUGUGAAUCACCACACAUUUCAUUUGUUAAAAUGAUGCUGCUUUUCCCUUACCUAAUGGUGCUUUUACCUCACCUGAAGUGUUCUUAAUGUUCAUACUAUAAAACCAUUCUAACAGCAGGUUAACAAUGGUGACACAAAAGAAUUGGCAUUUUGUUGCAAAAUACAUUUGGAGAUCCAAAACUGAACAUUAAAGCUUUAUUAUUUGGUGGAACUCAGUGUUCACAUCCGCAGAUUCAAAAAGACUGAUCCUCCAUUAACUGUUUAAGUGCAGUAAGACUGUAAACUACGUGGACUUAUAUAGAGAUGAAAAACAAAAUUGGUUUUUGGUACAUGCUUCAGGUUCUAAAAAGAGCCUGAAUUUCCUAUCUAAGGGCAGCUAGUUCUUCUCCAUAUUAUACUUCUGAGGUUGAUUGCCUUGACAGGCAUUGGUAUUCAUGGAUUUCUGCUUCCCUGAGGAGUGGUGGAACAGAGAAGAGAAGUCAAGCCGACGCCUUCUUGAUAAGAACUACUGAACAUGUCUGUGUUCAGAAAGGUUUCUUCAUUGCUUCACAUCAAGAAGUGGUUCUUUGAUCAUGCAAAUAAUUCAAUCAAAAAAUGCUUCAAAGAGAGUAAUAUUAAAACAUCCUAUGUAAGUACUAUCAAGAAUAUUUAAAUUUGAUUAAGCUUUUGAGCCAAAGCUAUUUAAAAAAUUGUUUUUUUAAUUAUUUGACUAAAACAAAACUUGCAAAAUGGCAUUCCAUGGUAUAGAGAUGUUAAAUAUAUUGAUAUAAUCAGAACUAUUGUGUAACAGAAAACUGGAAAGAGUAUUUAGUUCUUUUUCUAAGGUAUGUCAUGCCUCAGGGAGGCAAAUGCUUUAUGGAGGGUCCAAGAAGUACAUGAAAUAGAUAAAAAUAAAUUUAGUCCCAAUAGUUUAAUUAGAUCAAGUGUACAAAUUAUAGCCCGAGUUCUUCUGGGUUUUCCCAAGAAAAAGAAAUGUGUUAUCAUCCAGCAAUUUAUCAUGGAUUAGGUUGUUUUUAAAAUAAGUGGUCUAUUAAUGUAGAUUAUAUUUUACUAAAUUGUAACACACUGAAAAUGCCAAAUACUUAUCUUCAUUACUAAGAAAAUCACAUCUUAUUAAUCUUGACUUUCACAGAUGAAGCACUGACCAGGCAAUAAUCCACACCCACUGCUUCAUCUACCAAGACUGACCAAAUGGUAGGUUGGAAUUUGGAAUUCAUUAAUAGAAAUGAAAUUUUUUAAAAAAACUAUUUUAAAACUUUACUGCCUUAACUAAAAUUUCAGUGUCAGAAGUACUUCUUUCAAAUGAAACAAAUUGUAGCAGGAUGGUCUCCCUUCCCUCUUAAAAAAAACAAAAACACACAAAAAAACAAAGUCAAACUCAUAGGAGAAAAGUGGGGCUUCUCUUCAAUUUUAUUUCCCUAACUCAAAAUAGUAAAGCAAAAGGAAUCAGAACUUCUCUGCCACAAUAAGGAGAAAGAACGCCUUUCACCCCAAGUUCUAACUCGCCAUGCCUGGUUUCAUUGUGCAGCCCGUGGUAUUAAAAAAAAAAAAAAAAAAAGGCGGGGGGUAGAGCUAUGGUUUGGGAGUGAACACUACAUAAAAUGUGAAGGAUCACCCCGGGAUACCCCUCCAUCUUUGUGACAAACCAAUUUAGUUAUCAGUUACUCUGGAGUAAAGGGACUUAAUGGAUCCAUAUUUCAACCCUGACUUCCUUUAUUACACUCAGCACUUACACAUGUUUUGGAAUGUGAAUUAGCCCUUGGAGCUUGGAAACUGCUGCUUGAGUACCUUUUGAAGGGAAGGAAUUUUUUUUUUAUACUAGUAAUUUUACUCCCUAUAUUAUAGCAAAAUAUUUGGAUGAUUAAUGCAAAAUUAAAAGUAAUUGUUUAGAGAUGUUUUAUUUGUGUAUAUAACUUGUUGGUUGUUAGAAUUUUCCAUCAAUCUUCUUUUAAAAGUUAACUGAUUAUUUUUAUGGCUCAAGCAACUCCUAUCAUAUUUUGUUUUAGCUAGUUAUAAGCAUAAACCACCAAUACUACAGUGUUGCUAUCUUUAAAUGAUAACCCUAACAUACCUGUAUAUUACUUGUUAGUGGGGUUUAUUGGCCUGACUUUUAGCAUAUACUUGUUCAUUGUUGUUUUUUAAAAUCACUGUUUUUUAAUACUCUGUGAAAUAUUUGCAUGGGAUUUUCACCAUAUUUUGUUUUGCUUAACUGGUGGUUUUGUUUUUGUUUUCCAUUUUUGAGUAUCACUUUACUUCUUGAUACAUUCUCACCGAAGAAUACAUACCCUUUUUGUUCCAACAAGGACAGUUUGUUAGUUGAUGAGCACUGGAAAUAAAUAUCACUGAACCCACCCACCCCCUGAUAUUUCUUCCUGAGGAUUUUUAUCAUGCAAAUCACAAAAUGAAAAUUGGUGCUUUUAUAAAUGUUCUGAAACUUUCAGAACAAAUAAAUGAAACAAAUAAUGAAAAUGAGAAUCUCCCUGGGUUUCUAUAAUGCUAUUAGGAUGUGCAACUGAAAGAACUGUAAUUUGAAUCUAGAAUAUUUUUGGUUUGAGUUAAUUUGGUUAAUUUGAUUUGGUUUUUGGUGUUAAAAUGGGUUUCUUAUUCCCGAUGGAACAGUUGUUCUGAUUGUCAUUAUUUCUUCCUUUUCCUGACCGAAAACCCAAAAAACAAAACAAAACAAAAAACUGCCAUUGGAAAGUUUAAAUUAGCAUGUCCCAAAUAUUUGACUUCUUGAGUACUUGCAAACCAGAGUACUUGCAAACCAAAUUUAGUAUUCCUAAAAAGCAAUAUUUUCAAAGAAGUACCAACCAAAGUAACAGUAUAGGGGAUGUCAUUUGCACAUGACAGUUUUUAACAAGGUAAUUCUUACCACUUCUCAAUUGAAUAUGUUUAUUAAUAACUUUCCAAAUUUAUCAACUUAUAAAAACCCAAAAGUGAAGCAUUGGACUUAAGUGAUCAUUUUGCAACUGAAAUAAAUCUUUUCCUUUCACCUGUACCUUGCACUUAAUAUAUGCAGCAAUACUUCAUAUCUUCCUAUCUUAAUUAUUUGUUAAGUAAUUUAGUUAAUUGCUGAUAAGUAUUUUGUAAAAAGUAAAAUUGUACAGAAAAAAUAUUAGAUAAGUUGUACUUAUUUUUAUUGUUUAUUAGCUUAGACACUACAGUGACGCUCCUUGUUUGCCAGAAUUACUGGAAGUGCCUCUUGAUUUUAUAGAUUUUAUAUAUGUAUAUAUAUUUACAUAUAUAUUAUAUAUAUAAAAAUAUUACAGUAAACAUAUACUCAAAAUCAUUAGAAUUGUGUCACAGGUGAACAGUGUGGAUGUUACAAUGUGAAAACAAUGUAUAAUAUAAAUACAAUUCUGUGGUAUUA